AUGGAUCAAUCUUAUGAGGAAGACUGGGAUCUGGACCCCUAUGAAGAAGAAGACGUUGUAAUCAAAGACGAGUUUGAUGAAAGGCAGGGUCCCAUUUGUUUCACAGAGGCAGAAACGGAAUUAAUUCUGGACCGUUACGUGGAAAGUUACGAAAUAUAUCAUCACACUAUGACCGGCGGGUCAAGGGAAGGGGUCCCGGCUAAAAAGCGCUUCAUAGCGCGGCUUACUGAGGAGGUGAACGCGCUGGGAGUCGGUGUGCGCACAGAAAAACAGAAUCGAUCAGAAAAUCAAGGAUGA